UUCCAGUCCACACCUGACCCGAUCUCGCCCUUUGAAAAUUUCUUCUAGAACGGAACCCGGGACCGCAAAAGUCCGAAGCUUCGCCGUAGUCGCAUGGAAGACCGCGACGGCUCCUCUGCGUUCCUGGUCUUCCGUCUGAAAGUUCUUCGGGCCCCCUUGCGAGCGAGCGAGCGAGCGAGAGAGAGAGGGAGACGUCUUUGAUCAUUUUGGGCUGAGGGAACUGGGAAGCUGAUAGCUUGUGGCAUAAUCGUCAAAAGGGUCGGAUUAUCAGGAGGGGGAGACGUGUUUCAUCAUUUUGGGCUGAGGGAACUCGGAAGCUGAUAGCUUGUGGCAUAAUCGUCAAAAGGGUCGGAUUCUUGAGAGGAGGAGAAAGUCGGGAUGGAUCAGAUAAUGAGCAAGGUGGGUUCGUAUUGGUUCAGCCAGAAAGCUAACAAGGAGAUUGAUUCCGUCGGCGAUGAUUUCACUUUUUUCCUUUGAAAAACAGUCGAUGUCAAGCAGCAUCGAAAGUGGUACUAAAUGGUUGGUCAACAAACUGAAAGGAAAGAUGCAAAAGCCAUUGCCAGAUCUUCUGAAGGAAUAUGAUUUACCAAUAGGGCUCUUCCCUCGUGACGCUACCAAUUAUGAGUUCGAUGAGGAGACUGGAAAGCUCACUGUCUUCAUACCAUCAGUUUGUGAAGUAGGCUACAGAGACUCCUCCGUUUUACGUCUUUCCACCACGGUGACUGGAAUUUUGACUAAAGGGAAGCUAGCGGACAUAGGAGGGAUGAAGACAAAGGUGAUGAUUUGGGUGAAGGUGACGUCAAUUUCAUCUGAAGCGUCGAAGCUUCACUUCACCGCCGGUGUGAGGAAAACGAGAAGCAGAGAAGCUUAUGAGGUUACUAGAACUGGGUUUACUGUUGAUAAGUUUUGAGGUCUUUUCCAUUUGGUUGAAGAUCUUGGCGACUUGGUCUUGUAUUAUAGAGCUUCUGACAUAACACGCGGUGCACUCACGCAGUGUACUUUAUGAUUGCUUGAUGUAAGUAAUAAGUAUUCGAAUUGUUCCUAAAAGUUAAAGUUAAUAAUAUCUUUGUAAUCUGGAUGCAGCUAUAGCUUCUGGAGUUCACUUGCUGUUCA